AUAAUCUGACAUCUGCGGAUAAGUUCACACUGACCAUGCGCCACACAACAUGAAACACUGCAGCGCAGUAUCGACAAACGUUCACAUUACAAUUGGACGUAAUAUCAAGUGUCACUUCACUGCUAUAUUUUAGUAACUUGACUGUUUGGCUUCGAUUCUCUAGUUUUAUUAGUAAAAGUGUUAUGUGUAGUAUAUGAUUUAAUAAUUAUGUACAGUGCCGCAACCAUUAACGCAUUCUGAAGGAAUUACGUAAUGGGAAUUAAUAUGCUAGAGAAGUUAAUAGUUUUGCCCUGAAAUUCAACAUGGCCGCUGACACGGGGAUGGAUACUUGUCCAAGUCCGGAGAUUUCGGACUCUAGAAAACGACCACUGGACGGCGACUCAGAAAAUGGUGACAUCAAAAGGUCUCACUUCAGUUCGGUUCAAGACUUGGUGACGGCAUUGCCCCUGGCUAAUGGCCACGGCAAUAUUACGUCCCAUUUUGCCGUGGAGCCGACCUACCACUUCAAAGUGCUGGUGCCGUCCAUGGUGGCGGGGGCCAUCAUCGGCAAGGGAGGCGAGACGAUCGCCCAGCUGCAGAAAGACACCGGCGCGAGGGUCAAAAUGUCCAAAUCACAUGAUUUUUAUCCAGGUACAACGGAGCGAGCCUGCUUGAUCACCGGCUCGGUUGAGGGCAUUAUGGUCGUGCUGGACUUCAUCAUGGACAAGAUUAAGGAAAAGCCCGAGCUAGUUAAACCAUUCCCCGAUGGCGUAGACGCCAAGAUGCCACAGGACAGAGACAAGCAGGUGAAGAUUUUAGUGCCGAACUCGACGGCGGGUAUGAUAAUCGGCAAAGGUGGCAACUACAUCAAGCAGAUAAAAGAACAGAGCGGCAGCUACGUGCAGAUCUCGCAAAAGGCCAAGGAACUGUCGCUACAAGAGAGGUGCAUAACGGUCGUCGGCGAAAAAGACAACAACAAGAAGGCCUGCCUGAUGAUCCUCCAGAAGGUGGUGGACGACCCUCAGUCCGGAUCCUGUCCCAACGUGUCGUACGCCGACGUGGCGGGGCCCGUGGCCAACUACAACCCCACGGGAUCUCCGUACGCCGUCGCCACCGCUGAGGUGACAGAGAGUCACGGCUUGAGCGGGACGGUCGGCGGAGUCGGCGGCGCGGUCGGCGGCGUGGGCGGAGUGGGAGGCGUGCUCGUCAACGGCAGCGGCCUCGGCGGGGUUUCGCUACAGCUGUCUCUGGCGCCGCCGGGGACUCAGCCGCCCAGCCCGUUGACGCAGCACACUCUGGAUCACAUCAAGGUGGCGCUGCGCCAGGCCGGCUACUCGGAGGCGGGCAUCUCGGAGAUCGGCGCGGCGCUUUCCCUGCUGGUGAAGCACGGCGUGUUGGGGCUGGCGCUGCCUCCGGCCCUGCCGCAUCCCCCGGCCCUCUCGGCCGCCUACUUCCCGCUCUCGGCCCAAGACUCGCCCGCCGUCUUCGGCCCACUGUCGCAGGUUUCGCUGGCGGUGGCGCCCAUUUCGCUGUCGGGCGGCGGGGUGGGCGUGGGUGGCGUGCCGGGCGGCUUCCCGGGCUCGCUGCUGCCGCUCUCCAAGAGCCCCACGCCGGCCGACGCGGGCGCCAAGGACUCCAAGAACGUGGAGAUCGCCGAGGUCAUCGUCGGCGCCAUCCUGGGUCCGGGCGGUCGCAGCCUGGUGGAGAUCCAGCAGAUGUCCGGGGCGAACAUCCAGAUCAGCAAGAAGGGCACCUUCGCCCCGGGCACCAGGAACCGGAUCGUCACCAUCAGCGGCUCCCAGACCGCAAUUUCGUCGGCGCAGUUCCUCAUCGAGCAGAAGAUCCAGGAAGAGGAACUGAAACGCACGCGCCAUAACGCCAUCUCCACGCUCAUGCAGUGAACUCCCCGACACGCACUCGAUACGACCCCGCGUCGCGUCGUCACCGUCGGGCGAUCGCUUUAGAAUUGCGGUCGUCGACCUAUUCACACCUUAUGCACUUUUAUGGCGAAAGUUGCAUAAUUUGUUGUUGUCAUUUGUGAAAUGUUGUUAUAUUGGUCAUACGUGAUGUUGUAUAUAUAAUUAUUAUAUAUGAAUUUUUUCAAAAUGUAAUUCGGAUUUAUUAUAAAUAUUUGUGGGAUGUGAAUAAUCGUACGACACGUGAUGAUUUUUAUAUAGUUUUUGUUCGGUUCUCCUAACCGAACAAUAGACAGUCCGGAAUCGGAGCCCUAUCGUGGCGCGUAGAAGAGGGGUCGUGUCGUGUGAGGCGUCCGUUCUAGUCAAGCGUCGCAGCCCCGAGCCAGCCGAGUGGCGCAGUUACCUGCCUCUAGUGAACUUUACACUCUCCGACAUUCGCGCAGCUUCCGACGCGACCCGAGCGGAGUCGGCUCCGGCUCGGCUCGCGUCGGCCAUUUAUUUACACGUAGAUGUAAUAGAGUUAUGUAUACUGAUUUGCUAUUUGCGAUUUGUGUAUUCGUUAGUGUUGGAGCUGCUAUAUUUUAGUCGAGCCGCAAAGCGGUCGCGUUGACUUUGUGAUAUCUGUCACCGAUAUUCCUAUUCCGUGCACAUUUAUUUUUGUAUCGUUUCACCGCUUCUCGUUUCGGUUUUCAUUGUAAAUGUUACCAUUGAUAAUAAGUUAUGUUUCGUUAACGUAUUCGACGAAAGUCGCGGUCGACUCGACGAGGCGACGGACGGGUCGAUGAUAUUUAACCAAAGUUGGUAAUUUUAAUUUCUCGACAUAAUUAACUUUAUAUUUUAUACAAUGCUAACGUGCAAUGCAAUAAUUGUCGAUUAUAAUUUUAUUAUUUUUUACGUUUUUAGUUCGGACGGAAGGCGUUUCGCGUCGGGUUCGAAGAAGUUUAUUUUUAUAUUAUUAUUAUUAUUAUCGAUCGGGUAAAGUGGUUAGCGCUUCGGCGAGCGUUCGGCGUAGUCGGUCUAAAUGUGUAAGUGAGUACAAUAUUAGCAGAUUCGAGUCCAGUUAUAGUAGUGGAGUAUAUUUAAAGGUUUUAAUGCAGAUUUCUAUAUAAAUAUAUAUAUUCGAGAGGACAAUAUAAAAAUAUUAUUUACAGUUGACGAAAUGUUAUUUUUGGUGUUGGCCGGGAGCUCUCGUAGUUAAACAAUAAUGAACUGUGAUCGCGUUGACGACUUUGUCGAGCAAAUUGUGCGUCGGUUAGUUUAAGUUGUCGUUACCUCACGAGUGCCAUCGCUAGCUAAACGUCGCCCGCGCGCGCAGAUGGUAAAUAAGUACAAAAUAUAUGGAAGCGUAACCGUUUAUAUACGAAUCGGCGGAUGUUAUUCUACUGUAGUUUGUAAGCAAAGGAAUUGAGAGAUAUCUCCGAUUUAAUUAAAUAAUCUAGCGAUCACUUCCGAUAUAAUUAUAAUGAUCGAUUUGUCGUAAGCAACUGUCCAACGACGUCGAGAACUAAUGUUGUUAUAAGCGUGUUAUGUAGGUACGAGCGACCCAGUCCACUCCUCUGGGGCUCUCUAGCGUUCUCUAGCUCUAGGCUAAUCUUAGGCUACGCUCUUCGAACUAAUCUCGUCUUUCGAUUUUUCUCAUCUUUAUCUCUAAACUAAAUGGGGGUAGUCGUCAAAACCUUGUUGUCAAUUAUGAUGAGGUCGCGCGAUCCCGACCCGGUGUUGCCCGGCGUCGGCGGGUCGCGACCGUGCCGCCCCGGGGCGUUGUGUCGAUUCUACGAGCUCAAUUUACUUCGUUUAGCAUUACAUACUUGUAAGAUGACGUCAAUUAUUCGAAAACGUAACGGCACACGCCGCGAAAUUCCCACGACGUGUUAUCGGUUCACAAUGCAGUCUCGAAGGAAUAUCUCCGAAUUAGUUACGGUUCGAACGUUGCCGAGUUGUGUGACCUUCUCUUCUCUUCUAAUUCGUCGGCGCUUCUGACAGGAGUAUAGCCUUAGUCGUUACAUUCGAAGGUCCUUUGUAAAUUAUCUCAACGAAUCAUUAGUUAGUUUGCCACUGUGAAGUACAUCUCGACCGUUUGCGUAGUUAGGCGACUGAAACAAUAUGGAAUGUAUAAAUAAUUUUAACACAAAAGUUGUUGUUAUAAUAAAAUUGUUACAAUAUUUGAGAGUAUAUAGAAUAAUCGAUUCUUAGUGCGGUAUCUGAAUUUUAUCGUGUGGAGAGAAAGAGGGAAAUAGACUUCCAAGGGUUAUACUAUUUCUGUGAUACUGAUUGUCUCGCACGCUUGUAGCUCCGCACGCCCACCUCCCGUACCUCGGACUCUCCGAAACUCCCGUUAGUCCGCACCGCACUGGCACGCCACUGUUACACCUAGGUUAUUCGAUGUUGUAGGCUUAAGGUAGCUAGUUGUCAUUUCCAUAAUAAAUUAACGAGGUCCGUAGUAGGAGCGUCGAACCGAGACGGCGACGCCAUUCUAGCGGCGUCCGGAGAGACGAUGCUCUCGUACUCGUCGGCGCCGCGACCCGCGUUUUCAUCCCCCUUUUAAUUUUAAUAGCUAAAUGUUGUUAAAUUUGUUAAUAGAGUGGUUUAUCGUAAUUAAUAUUAAAGUAGUGAUAGUCGGGAUUAGGAAGGCAGCCGUCGGGUGCGCUAAGCUAGUAAGCUGUAAGGUUCGAUACUGUGUAUAGGAAUUUGGCUGUGUACUCAACAUUACGACGUCAUUACACCAACACACACCGCUUGCCGAGGACGCGAUUCGCACGCGCGCCCGCGAUGUGUCGCGACUUUUCUGUAUAUAAUUGCAUUACAUUUUCAUUUGCGUCUCCUUGCUCAUUGCCAUCAAUUUAUUAAAGACUGAGGAAUCAACUCGCGUCAUCGUCACGAACGCGUCCCCUACCGUAGGGAGCUCUGCCGUCCUCGGUGACACUACCGCCCCUACGAUAAUAAUUAAUUGAAUAUUGUUAAAUGGACUCUGAAAUAAUUUAUUGUAUAACAUGUUGGACUGUUUUACUAAUUCUAAUGAAAUGUACCUGAUGUCGUGCGGUAGUCUUCCCUGCGACGGUAGACUAAUUGUAAUAUAUUAUUUGUCAUUAAAAUUAAAUCGAUUCAUGCGGCUUCGUCCGCAAUCCUCCGUCGCGUGCGAAUCGCGAGGUACACUCACGAGUGUACGUUAGAUGCCAGUCGCUGCCUUUGCGCAUCUCCAUGUUAAUAAUAAUUAAAUAAUGUUGAGGAAGAACCUCUUUCAAAACUCGUAUUAGUUCCAUUGUUCAAGUAAUGAAAACAUAGAUGUCUCCCUAUACUCACAUGGUGCAGAUUUGGCGAAGGCAGCGAUUAAGCGUAUUAAGUAUCAAGCGCCGUUCAGUCGUUGUCUCAUCAACCUUUACACAUGUUGAGAUUGAUAUGUUAAACUAAUUCUAUUGAAUUGUACUUGUUGCGUAUUAUAAGUAUGUAUAGUGGGGCGGCCGAACCCGCGUCUGCCGCCUCGACGUGUAUAUUAUUAUAUGUUGAUAUCUAUUGUUUGCUGUAAACUUUAAAAGAAGGGAAUUUUUUAUAUAUUUUUUGUUAUCUUGGUUUAGAAACGGGUCUGCAAAUGUUACGAAAUAGUUAAGUUUAGAAUGCAAUGUUUUGAAUUUUAAAUUCGCUAUAAUUUAGUCAAAGUUACAUAAUUUAGUUUUAUCGCAAUGAUUUACUGUUGUUUUGCAAUGUUGAUAAAGGUCAAUGAAGGUAACAAUGUCUUAGUGUUAAAGCUGGAAACCAAUUAAAGGGUACCUUGAACAUUGUCUAUAAUUAUUAUAUUAACAUUAAAUAAAUGCAAAAGAA